GACCGCCCGUGGUGUGGAGACCACAGAUCCGAGAGGCUGACAGGUGCCAUGGCGACCCGUGGGGACCCCGAGGAGGAGCAGGUCGUCCCAAGUGAAGAGGACGAAGCGGACGUGAGGGCCGUGCAGGCCCGGUACCUCCUGCGGAGCCCCUCGCCCAGCCAGUACUCGGUGGUCUCGGAGGCGGAAACGGAGAGCAUUUUCAUGGAGCCCAUUCACCUCUCCUCAGCCGUGGCUGCCAAGCGGAUCAUCAGGGAAGAACUCGGGCCGCGGGGCGUCAGGGCCGAGACGGAGUGCCCGGGCAUGCUGGAGUCCGCCGAGCAGCUGCUGAUGGAGGACCUGUACCACCGCGUCCGGGAGAAGAUGGACGACACCAGCCUGUACAACACCCCCUGCGUCCUGGACCUGCAGCGGGCCCUGGUCCAGGACCGCCAGGAGGCCCCCUGGAACGAGGUGGAUGAGGUCUGGCCCAACGUCUUCAUAGCAGAGAAGAGUGUGGCUGUGAACAAGGGCAGGCUGAAGAGGCUGGGGAUUACCCACAUCCUGAAUGCCGCCCACGGCACCGGCGUCUACACGGGGCCCGAGUUCUACACCGGCCUGGACAUCCAGUACCUGGGGGUGGAGGUGGACGACUUUCCCGAGGUGGACAUCUCCCAGCACUUCCGGAAGGCCGCCGAGUUCCUGGACGAGGCCCUGCUUACCUAUCGAGGGAAGGUGCUGGUCAGCAGCGAGAUGGGCGUCAGCCGGUCGGCGGUGCUGGUGGUGGCCUACCUGAUGAUCUUCCACCACAUGGCCGUCCUGGAGGCCCUGAUGACCGUGCGGAGGAAGCGGCCCAUCUGCCCCAACGACGGCUUCCUCAGGCAGCUCCGGGAGCUCAACGAGAAGCUGAUGGAGGAGAGAGACGAGGACGACAGCGGGGAGGGGGGCGCCCAGGGGGCCGAGGAGGGUGAGGACACGGGGAGCACCAUCGGGGCCAGGGUGCAGGACCUCACGGUGGAGGAGCAGGACGACACCACCAGCCGCCUGAGUGGCUCCUCCUCGGCGGCGGCCAGCCAGGCCUCCAAGCCCCUCACCCUCAUCGACGAAGAGGAGGAGCAGAAACUCUAUGAGCAGUGGAAGAAGGAGCAGGGCCUCCCCACCGGCAAGGCCCCGCAGGGUGGGGAUGGCAGGGGCUCCGCCCCCUCUACCCAGGGCGGGGACGAGCCCGAGGAUGAGGAUGUGGAGGGGAUCAUCCGGGAGUGGCAGCGCCGCAAUGAGAGGUACCAGGCAGAAGGGCGCCGGAAGUGGGGGCAGGAGGAGGAGGAGGUGGAGGAGGAGGGUGGUGUCAGCUCCUUCAAGGGGAGAAGACGCCGGUACACCCUGAGUGAGACCAGCACCUCGGAGAGCGUGAGCAGCCAUGACAUUCGGGUCCUGAAGCAGCAGCUGGAGAUGAGCAGCCAGCGCCGGGGAGGGAGGCAGCGCUCCGACUCCGCGUCCACGGAGAGCUCCUGGGACAUGUGGAACCAGAGGCUGCUGGAGAUUGAGAGGGAAGCUUCCCGGAGGUACCGGUCCAGGAGCGAGAGAGAGGAGGUGGGCGCAAGCUCAGAGGCGGGGAGCAGGGUCCGGGAGGAAGACGAGGAGAGUGUGCUGUCCGAGGCCAGCUCCUUCUAUAACUUCUGCAGCAGGAACAAGGACAAACUCACUGCCCUCGAAAGGUGGAGGAUCAAGAGAAUCCAAUUUGGGUUUCACAAGAGGGACUCGGAGGCAGGAGACAGCAGCAGCGAGCCAGGCGCAGAGGAGGCCGAGCGGGAGAAGAAAGACGUCUCCGACGUCAACCUGACAGCCUACCAGGCCUGGAAGCUGAAACACCAGCAGAAGGUGGGCAGUGAGAACAAGGAGGAGGUGGUGGAGCUCAGCAAGGGCGAGGCCUCAGCCUCGGCCAAGAAGAGGCAGCGGCGGCUGGAGCUGCUGGAGAGAAGCAGGCAGACGCUGGAGGAGAGCCAGUCCCUGGGCAGCUGGGAGGCCGACGGCUCGGCAGCCGGCAGGAGCAUCCCCCUGUCUGCCUUCUGGUCUGCAGCCCCCUCGGUCAGCACUGAUGGGGACACAGCAUCAGUACUCAGCACCCUGAGCCUCAGCUCCCACCCAUCUCAGGCCGUAAGCAACACAGGGGGAUGCUUGGCCUCCGCCCCCUCCACGCCACUGCCUAACCUACCCGUGGGGCCUGGAGACACCGUUUCCAUCGCCAGUAUCCAGAACUGGAUCGCCAACGUAGUCAGCGAAACUCUCGCCCAGAAGCAAAAUGAAAUGCUGCUUCUGUCGCGCUCCCCAUCCACGGCAAGCACGAAGGAGGCGCCAGCAGCUGGCUGCCUGGGGGAUGACCAGGUCUCCAUGCUCAGCGCACAGAGCGCCUCCUCCCUGGGCCUUCCGCCUCGAAGCCAGGCAAGACCCAGUUCCGACACGCAGUCCCUGCUGUCCUGCCGCAGCACGCCGAGCGCCAGGGCCGAAGGCACGGGGAGCGCAGGGAGGGGGACCAGCAAGCCCAUCUACAGCCUCUUUGCUGACCACGUCAACCUGAAGGAGCUUGGCCAGAAGGAGAAGGAGAUGCAGAUGGAGCUGAGGGAGAAGAUGUCUGAGUACCAGAUGGAGAAGCUGGCCUCCGACCACAAACGCAGCACCCUUUUCAAGAAGAAGAAGGUCAGGGAAGAUGAGGACGGGGACGUGGGCGAGAGAGACGAGGAGGACGCCGACAGCGCCAUAGGCAGCUUCCAGUAUUCUUCCCGCGGGGGCUCCCAGAAGCCGGAAACGGACACCAGCUCCUCCCUGGAUGUCUCCGAUCGCGAUGGCAGUGGCCGCGGGGCCGGCCGCGAGGCGGACAGCAGCGUCAGCAAGUGGCUCAGCGGCCUCGGGGCAGGGGAAAGAUCUCCUCCCCAAAGCAACUGGUCUGGAAGCUCCAGGGGCAAGUCCACCAGGUCCUCCCUGCUCCGGGAGACGGGGUGCAAGUCCUCCAGCUACAAGUUCUCCAAGUCGGAGGAGCGGGACACCUCCUCCUACUGCGCGGCCGACGGCUCGGUGAGGAGCUCCUCACGCUUCUCUUCCUCCUCCACCAGGGAGGGCAGGGAGACACACACGUUCUCCAGGGCCCUGUUCAGCGAGACCUCGAGCUCCCGCGAGGCCAGCCCGGAGCCCUCGGCCGGGGAGGAGUCCCCGGAGCCCCGGCGCGCGGCCUGGGCCCGGCCCAGGGACUGGGAGGACGUGGAAGAGUCGUGCAGGGCAGACUUCUCUGAGUUUGGCGCCAAGAGGAAAUUCACACAGAGCUUCAUGAGGUCUGAAGAGGAGGGAGAGAAGGCGAGGACGGAGAGCAGAGAGGAAGGGAGGUUUGCCUCGGGGCAGCGGGCGCGGUACCGGCGAAGCACUGAUGGGGAGGACGAGGAGGCCGUGGACGAUGAGGCCGUCAUCGCGGCCUGGAGGCGCCGGCAGGAGGAGACCAGGACCAAGCUGCAGAGGAGGAGGGAGGAUUAGCGGGCCGGUGGGCCUGGGACGAGGCCAGGCGGCUUAGCCCAGGGCUCGGGCACACAUUGCCACCGCCCAUCAAGGGUGUGCACAGGCUCACUGCAGGGGCAGGGCUGGAAUGAGAGGUGCCAGGCAGAAGGGCACAGGAGGAGGAGAGCCGUCGAUGGGUGGGCCUACGCUGGACUAGCCGACACCAUCACCUGUUGCCCAAUGUCCUCUAAGCCUUGGAGCUUCACAUCUGUGUUUCCUGGUGUUGAUCACAGACGAAGUGGGAGGCUGCAGGGUCGCCGGGGCUUGUGGGAGACUCCCGGUCUCAUCCAGGAGGCCGAGAGUGCGGGGCGGCUCUGAGCGGAGGUUUCUAAGGAGACAGGGAAUCUGCCCGUGACACGCACCCUCCCCUGUGAUGCUGAGUGCUGGCUGUUCCUUUUGAAUGCACUGGAUCUGCAUUAAAUGGGUUU